AUGUGUCCAAGACUUCAAUACCUGUGGUUUGAUACUCGUAACGAGCAUGUUCCACCAGCAAUUCCAAUGGGUGCCGUUACUAUUACGCACCCGCCACAGCAUGCUCACCACUGGACCCACCUAAGACAACUUGUAGCUUUCCAUCCCAGUAUCGCAACGUAUCAAGGGAUCAUAGCCACGCUUCAAGCUUUUCAGCAUGUUUAUUUGAACACCAUUCAAAUCCGAAUUUCACCACGCUGGAGAGUACAUGAAGAAAUAGAAGGUCUACAGCUGUUGGUGUCGCAACAAUUACCAUCACUUUCUGAGCUUGUUUUCGAUGUUCAUCCAUCCAGCACGGCUUUCGCCCCUCCUCUUUUCAACAAUCACGUGAUUCCGUUAAUGGAUGCAGCACCCAAUCUUCAACGUUUAUGCAUUCGGAUCAUGCAUCGCGAUAAUACGGACACCAGAAAUUUACUUUUCCUCCGUGCUCAACCCUUGAUUCCAAUGCCACUUAUGGGAAGAGUCAUGUACCAAAUGCCAAAUCUCCGGCACUUAUGCUUACACUCCUUUAAUCCAGUUGAAGAUGCCUUGCAGAUUUUGAGGCAGUUGCAAUAUCAUCAAGUGCCUCUUCUAUCAUUUGAUUGGCUUGGAGAAAGCAUUGGAUCCAUCGACCUUUUUGGGGAGUUGGCCAACAUGCCAAAUUUGCAAUGGGUGGCACUAGGAACCAAAGAGCGUUCUUUUUUUAAUACGCAAGAGGUGACCCAAUUCCUUGAUCUUUUGGGAGUCACUCAAAGCAUUACUUGGCUGGUCUUGACAAAUGUGUCUGGUUUUUCUCCUCACAUCGUGUUCAACCACAUUCCAGCAACAAUACAACGACUCGACUUCUAUGAUUGUGGUGCUGUCAAUGAACCUGGUCUCGCCAACUGGCUUGCUGAUGAUCCAAACCGCCAAAGCUUUUUCAAUGAUGAUUGGUUGCACACUACAGGGCUGAGGGUUCAAUACCCUCCCCCAAGAAGCUUUUUUGUUACACAUGAACCACGUUAUGGAACCUAA